CGUCGCUUCCUGGAUGACGUACUUCCUUUUUUGACCGUACAACACGUGUACGGUGUACGUUCCGGAGGAGAGGAGAAAACACCAACCAAAACUACGGUUCUCUGAAACUUCACAUUUCCCUCCGUUGUCUGUUCGUCCGUGCGGGCGGUUACCAACCGAGCUGUCAAGAUGGUGAAGCCACAGUUCAAGGGGAAGAGCUCCAUAAACUCCUCUUCCUCCAGCAGCAACCCUGAUCGAGUCAAAGGUGCUGGUGGGAACAACAUGAGGGACCGGACCACCAUCAAGCGUCUGAAUAUGUACAGACAGAAACAGAGAUGUAAUAACCGCGGUAAAGUCAUCAAACCGUUGCAGUUCCAGUCCACAGUGGCCCCAGGGACCGUGGCCAGGGUCGAGCCCAACAUCAAAUGGUUUGCAAAUACCCGCGUGAUCAAGCAGUCGUCCCUGCAGAAGUUCCAGGAGGAGAUGGGAGCCGUCCAGAAGGAUCCGUAUCGUGUGGUGAUGCGACAGAGCAAACUUCCCAUGUCGCUUCUGAACGAUCGGGUCAAAGCUCACAACUCCAAGGUGCACAUACUGGACACUGAGGGUUUUGAGACGACGUUUGGACCUAAGGCCCAGAGGAAGAGGCCCAGUCUCAUGGUGGGAGAUAUGAAGGACCUCCUGGAGCAGGCCGAGGCCUCGGCCCUCAGCUACGACGCAGACAAAGACAAGGACCUGGUGACUGAGGACACGGGGGUGCGAGAGGAGGUUCGGGAGGAGAUCUUCAAGAAGGGUCAGUCCAAGAGGAUCUGGGGAGAACUCUACAAGGUGAUUGAUUCCUCUGAUGUCAUCAUCCAAGUCCUGGACGCUCGUGAUCCCAUAGGAACUCGCUCCGGCAGCAUAGAGACGUAUCUGAAGAAGGAGAAACCCUGGAAACAUCUGAUAUUUGUGCUCAACAAAUGUGAUCUCAUCCCCACCUGGGUCACGAAGCGCUGGGUGGCUGUGCUCUCCCAGGAAUACCCCACGCUGGCUUUCCACGCCAGCCUCACCAACUCCUUUGGUAAAGGUUCCCUCAUCCAGCUGCUCAGACAGUUUGGCAAGCUCCACACAGACAAGAAACAGAUCAGCGUGGGUUUCAUCGGUUACCCGAACGUUGGGAAAAGUUCAGUCAUCAACACGCUGCGAUCAAAGAAGGUCUGCAACGUAGCGCCCCUUGCUGGAGAAACAAAGGUGUGGCAGUACAUCACUCUGAUGAGACGCAUCUUCCUCAUCGACUGCCCCGGCGUCGUUUACCCCUCGGACGACAGCGAAUCAGACAUCGUUCUCAAAGGAGUGGUCCAGGUGGAGAAGAUCAAGAAUCCCGAGGAACACAUCGGAGCGGUCCUGGAGCGGGCCAAGCCGGAGUAUAUUCAGAAGACCUAUCGGAUCCCCAGCUGGACUUCUGCUCAGGACUUCCUGGAGAAGCUGGCGUUGAGAACUGGGAAACUCCUGAAGGGGGGGGAGCCCGAUCUGUCCACUGUCUCCAAAAUGGUGUUGAACGACUGGCAGCGAGGACGAAUCCCGUUCUUCGUCAAACCGCCGGGUCCUGACGACGAGCAGCAGCAGCAUCUGAGGGUGGAAGCCUCCACAGAAGCAGCCGAGAACGUGAACGAGGAGAAGCAGGAAGACGUGGAGGCUGCUGCUCCUGGAGAACCUGAGGAACCACCGCAGCAGCAGAAACAGAAGGAACAGCUCCAGGCGAUUCUGGCCAACGUCAGACAGAACUUUGGCAAAAUCAACGUGGCGCCAGAGUUCAACGACGAAGACCUGGUUCCAGUGGAGAUUCCAGACUUGGACCUGUCGGACUUCUCCGGCUCUGAAGCAGAGGAGGAAGUUGAUGAUGAUGAAGAAGAGGAGAAGGAGAAGGAGGACAGAGCCAACGUGGAGCAGGCUGAUGGAGAGGCUGACGUCGCCGAACCCACAACCACCGCGACUGUCAAGGCAAACAACAAAAAGGGUUCACGGGAGGUGAUCCGUGCGCUGGAUGAGAAGAUCGCUAAAUACAAACAGUUCCUGGAUCGGGCCAAGUCCAAACGCUUCUCCGAAAUCCGGAUUCCCAAAGAACUUUCUGAGAAAGUGUUCGUAGACCUGAAGAGAAAACAGACGGAAGCUAAAGAAGCCCAGAGCAGAGUGAAUCAGAAAAGUAAGAAGAGGAAAUCAGAGGAUGAGGAGGAGAGGAGUCGGGAGCAGAGACUGACAUCUAAACAGAGACGGGCCAUCGAUCGCACCAAGAAAACGAAGAAAGUCGGCGUACGAUAUUACGAAACGCACAACGUCAAGAACAAGAACAAGGACAGGAAGAUGCCGGCACCGAACACAGAACGCCCCAAGACUAAAAGAUCAAAGCACUAGUUCAGAGCUUUGAAACAGAAUAAAACAAAUAAAUGUUUGUUUGGUUUUUUAAAUGUGGUCGAUAGUCGGCCAUGUUUUUCUUAAAGAGACAGAGUUGACAGACGCUGGGCGAUGACUGUGUGUCGGCCGAGACUGUCUGAACAGAGACAGUCGGACGACCUCGACUGUCAUCGGUGGGAAAGGACGUUUCAUUCAUCAGUUCACCUGGACGUUCUCUCUUGAUGUUCAAGAGAAAUGUCUAAAAAAAUAAAAAUUUUGUUCACAACAA